UUUUACAUCUAUAUCUUCAGAUUUUGGUGAAUUUGUAUCUGCCGAAGAUACGCAAACAGUAUUAUUUGAAUCUGAUAAGGAACUUGGAAAAUCAAAAGAUUCGUGGAUAUAUAAUACAGAUAUCAAAUUUCUUGAUAAUUUAAAGUCUACUCAUCAAAAUAUUCCUCAACAAAAUUUAGAAAGUUCAUCAUCAUUUUUAUUUGAAUUUGGGGAAAUGGUAUCAUCAGUAAAUGAUUAUGAUUCAUUAAAUCAAAAUUUGAAACAAGAUAAAUACAAAAAUUCUCUAGAAUCAAAUUCCAAACAAGAUUCAUGGAUGUCUUUAUCUGACCUUUCAUUUUUAGAGUCUAUUACUAAUUCUAAUACUACUUCUUCAAAGAUUUCUUUUCGUAAACAAAAUCAAGAUUUAUUAUUAGAUUUUAAUAAUAUUUGUUCAGUGGAAUCAGCUGCUAAAUAA